CAGUUAUUAGAUCUCUGCCAACCCAAAAAAGAUCCAGGUUUGUUAGACCAGCCAGCUGAAUUAGAAUUACUGUUAGGUCUAACCAGUUGGCCGUUAGUGCUUAUUUACCUACUUGGCCCGAUUAGAUUCCAUCAAAUGUUCAACCAUAUCAAAGCUUCCAAUGUGCUUGCCCAUCAAGUGUACUCUCCCAUACAUCCUUACAAUCAAAACUAGGUACCCUAUAAAUUUCACAUCUCCUUUCACCCAAACUUCCUCAUCACCAUCCGCUCACCUAAUUAAUCCAAGACACAUAUAUCAUAACCGAAGAUCGAAGAGUUAACAAAAUGAAGCCCACAACAGUUCCCAUAGUAGCUUCCUUCUUCCUCCUCCUAGCCACCCUAGCCUCAACACAAGUACCGAUCUCACUAGCAGCUUCGCCGCCGUCCUCGUCUCCCAUCCCUGUCACCGACGUGGAUGGCGCCACUGUUCGCUCCGGCCUCAACUACUUCAUCCUCCCAUCCGUCUCUGGACAUGGAGGAGGUGUAGCCCUGGACCGAACCAAGACCAAGAAAUGCCCACUUUCCGUGUUCCAAGACAACUACGACCUCUCCAAGGGCCUUCCCGUCGUGUUUCUUCCUCUCAACGCCAAGCCAGGCUACACCGUCCGCACGAGCAUAGACCUCAACAUCGAGUUCGCGACGGAGACUGCCUGUGACGAAGCUACGGUGUGGAAGGUGGAGAGCUACGACCAUGACCUGGGACAGAGGUUCGUCGGGACGGGUGGGAUUGAAGGGAAGCCCGUGAAAGGUAUGAACCAUGUGUUGUAUUGCAUUAACAAGGGGUAUAUAUAUACCCAGGAUUACAGCAGGUACAAUUGUAGAAUACUACUAGGACUAGGAGAAUGAACAACGAUUAAUACAAGGACAAGGACUACAAGUGAGACUAGAACUAGGAAUUCUUCCUUAUACGCCCCCGCAAGAUGGAGGCGGCGUCAGCAAGACCCAGCUUGGAAGUGAGAAGUCGAUAACGGGUAACGGGAAGAGCUUUGGUGAGCAAAUCGGCGAGCUGACUAGCAGUAGGGAGAUGUUGAACAACAAGCUGGUUCGACUGAACAAGCUGACGCACGAAGUGAUAGUCCAACGCCAAAUGUUUCAUACGAGAAUGAAAAACAGGAUUGGAA